AUGCCGUCGUCUCCGACCUCGGUCCACUGGCUGAGCCUGGUGGGGAGCGUCUGGCUGCAGACCAUCAACGGCCCCAACUCCGACUUCCCCGUCUACUCGUCGGAGCUCAAGACGGUCAAGGGCAUCUCCCAGGUGCAGCUCAACUUCCUCGCCUUCGCCUCCGACGCCGGGAAGCUCUUCGGCUGGUUCGCCGGCGUCGCCGCGCUCUACGUGCCUCUCUGGCUCGUGGCCGUCGUCGGCGCCGCCUUCGGGCUCGUGGGGUACGGCGUGCAGUUCCUGUUCCUGGACAGCCCCCGGCUCGCCUACUGGCACCUGUUCGCGCUCACCUCCCUCGCCGGCAACGGCAUCUGCUGGAUCAACACCGUCUGCUACCUCCUCUGCAUCAACAACUUCCCCUCCGACAGCCGCGUCGCCGUCAGCCUCGCCACCAGCUACCUCGGCCUCAGCGCCAAGUUCUACACCACCAUGGAAGACACGCUCAAGGGGCUCCGCUACUCCCAGGCCAAGAAGUACCUGCUCCUCAAUGCCGUCGUGCCCAUGCUCGUCACCCUCCUCGUGGUGCCGUCGCUCCGGGUGGUGAAGCCCGGGAGCGGCAAGAGGACCGACUUCGGGUUCUUCGCCAUGUUCGCCAUCACCCUGGCCACCGGAGCGUGCGCCGUCGUGGGCAGCAUCGGGUCCAAGUCCCUCGGGGUCUCGUCCAAGGAGCACCUGAUCAGCCUCUACGUGAUGCUCGCCGUCCCGAUCCUGAUCCCGGUGGCGCUGAGGGUCCGGGAGAGCAUGGCCAAGAUACGGGCGGCGGCCAACAAGAGGGUGCACAGAGUGCACGACCUCGGCGAGAACGGCAUGUGCUGGCUCAACAAGGAGAUUGAGGUGGCCACCAACGUCAAGGAGGAGGAGGAGGAGGUGAAGGAGGCCGGCAGCGUGGAGCAUGGAGGUCAGGAGGAGCUCGGCGGCCUCGGGCUGCUACGGAGGCUCGACUUCUGGAUGUACUUCUUCAGCUACAUGUUCAGUGGCACGCUGGGCCUGGUCUUCCUCAACAACCUGGGCCAGAUCGCCGACUCCCGCGGCCUCGGCGACCCCUCCACUCUGGUCUCCCUGUCGUCCUCCUUCGGAUUCUUCGGCCGCCUCCUUCCCGCCUUCCUGGACUACUACACCGCAAAGAGCGGCUACUCGAUAUCGAGGACGGCGUCGAUGGCGUCGCUGAUGGCGCCGAUGGCCGGGGCCUUCUUCCUGCUGAUGGACCCGAGGGACAUGCUGCUGUACACGAGCACGGCGGUGAUCGGGACGUGCACGGGCGCCAUCACGUCGGUGGCGGUGUCGGCGACGAGCGAGCUGUUCGGCACCAAGAACUUCGGGGUGAACCACAACGUGCUGGUGGCCAACAUCCCCGUCGGCUCGCUCUGCUUCGGCUACCUCGCCGGGUUCCUCUACCAGCGGGAGGCGCGCGGGGGCAACCGCUGCGUCGGCGCCGCCUGCUACCGGGACACCUUCCUGCUCUGGGGCCUCACGUGCGCCGUCGGGACGGCGCUCUGCGCCGCCCUCUACGCGCGCUCCGGCAAGAGGAGCGGCGCUAACAAAGGACCGGAAGUUUCUGGUAGCGCAGGGGUGUAG